GAAAAAAGAAGAUAUGAAUUCUAAGGUGUUUUAAUAAUUGAAAGAUCAAGUUGCGAUAUAGAAUAAGAAUGAAUUGUACAUAAUAAAUUAAGUUAUAAGGUUAUGUUAAAUAGAUCCUCAAUGGGGUAAAAGAGAAAAUAAUUAAAAGAAAAGUGAAAAGUAACAUAUAAUAUAUUUUUGAAGGGACUUUCACAUAAUUGAAUAGUGUUUGGGAUAGGGUGCUUAUGGGUCAGUAUAACUAGUGAGAGAUGUUAAUAGCCGCAUUUAUUAUGCAAGAAAGGCGGUAUAGGUUGUUCAAUAAUGUUAGAUUAGUAAAUCAUAAUUAGUAACUCAGGGAUCAAUAGAUAACUUAAAGAGGGAAAUAUAAAUAUAAAAAUCUCUAUGUCAUCCAAAUAUUUUAAAAUUGUGUUAUUGUUAUGAAGAUUCAAUGAGGUACUGUUAAGUAAAUAAAAAAAUAGUGUAUUGCUUAUCUUAGAAUAUGCAGAGUUGGGAUCACUAUUUUAAUUGAUAAAACGAAGAUAACGAAUACAAGAGAGAGAGGCAAAUUAAUAUUUUUAGUAAUUAUUAGCUGGUUUAGAAUAUAUGCAUAGAAUGAAGAUUGUACAUAGAGAUUUAAAAGUAAAAAUAGAAUUUAUAAAAUAGCCCGAAAACAUAUUAAUAACUAAAUCAGGAGAUUUAAAAAUAGGUGAUUUUGGAUGGGCUACCUAAAUGCCAAAUUAUCAUAAAGCCUUCUGUGGUACAACUGAAUAUAUGUCCCCUGAAAUGAUUUAAUCUUAAAUAACAGAUUAUAAAUCAGACAUUUGGAGUCUGGGAGUGUUGUUGUAUGAAAUGGUUUAAGGAAAAACACCUUUUUAAGGAAUGACAUUUAUUGAAAAGAGUUAAAAAAUAUUAUCAAGAAAGAAAUUAGAAUUUGAAUUUGAUGUAUCAGAUGAAUGUAAGUAAUUAAUUAAUAGUUUACUAUAACAUAAUAUUCAUAAUAGACCAUCAAUUGAAUAAAUAAAAAAUCAUUAAUGGAUGUUAUUUUAAGGAUAAGAUAGAAAAAGUUCAAUUAGAAGUUCUUCAAUGAUUUCUAUGAAAUCUACACAUUAUACUUCUGAAGUUCUAGAAAGUUAAUCUAAAAUUUUUGAUUUUUAAUUUGGUCAAAAAUCAUCAAUACAAGAAUGGGAAGCUAUGAAAUUUAGAAGUUAAUAGUUUUAGUUUCAACGUCAAUAAGAUCAUUAAUAAUAAUAACAAUAAUAAAACAAUUAUUAAAACAAAGGAUUCUUAACUAAAGCUUUAAUUGUUUUAGGAUGUAUUAAACGUUGA